AUGCUUGCAAAAGAUAUAACCGCAACCGCUUAUACUCUCAAUACAUGCCAAUUAGAACUAUACCUUCAACGUAUUCAAUAUCCUAGCCGCGCCACCCCAACGGCUACUGGUCAUCCGCGCCUAGAACAACUCCACAAGUCUAUGGAGCAUGGUUCCCUGGCAGCCCUGACGGAAUUGCAACGGCGGCAUCUUGCCGCAAUUACCUGGGGAAAUACGGCUCUACAUUACUCAAACCACCAUUCAGUCUCCAUUCAUCCCGCCAGUGUCUUCGAGAAGCUGGUGGUGCGUUGCCACGAUGGCUAUUGUAUGGAGAACACCAAUCUCUUCUACAUGGUGCUCUGUUCCCUCGGAUACCAGGUGUAUGCGACCGGAGGCCGAGUGAGUCGUACUGUCGUUUCCGGGGAUCCAACGGAGGAAGGUUAUAUAUCCUUGUCAGUAGUGCUUUGCAAGAGCCACAUGGUUCUAAUCGUAACUAUAGCCGGGCAAAAGUACAUGGUCGAUGUCGGGUUCGGCCGUAACACUCCCACCAGACCGUUCUUGCUGCAAGAGAAUACCACAGCCCCAUUGAUCGUGCCGAGCGAAAUGUCCCUAAUCAGGGCACCUCUUGCAGACUUCAAGGAUCAAACACAAAAGGUUUGGGUCUAUCAGGCCCGAGCUGACUCUCAGAGUCCGUGGGUGCCUCAAUACUCAUUCUCCGAGAUUGAAUUCCUCUUUGAGGAUUUCAGUAUGAUAAACUUCUUUACGAGUAAGAGUCGCGCGAUGUUAUUUACGCAAAAGUUGGCGUGUACCCGACUUAUCCUAGAUGACCAUAACUCUGAACCCAUUGGAAUUUACAUUCUUGCUGGCAGAGAGGUCAAGAGGGUGCUUUGUGGGAAGACCGAAACCUUGCGGGUAUUUAAUACGGAAGAGGAUAGAGUCGGUGCGUUGGUCGAAUACUUUGAUAUGCAUUUUCACGCACACGAGCUGGAGGGUAUUCGCGGGCUACCAUCCCAGAUCAAAUCCAGAUAGUUCUGUGGAGCGUAC